UAUACCGGACUAUACCAGGUAGGAUAUACCGGACUAUACCAUGUAGGAUAAACCGGACUUUACCAGGUAGGAUAUACCCGACUUAACCAGGUGGGAUAAACCGGACUUUACCAGGUAGGAUAUACCGGACUUAACCAGGUGGGAUAUACCCGACUUAACCAGGUGGGAUAAACCGGACUUUACCAGGUAGGAUAUACCGGACUUAACCAGGUGGGAUAUACCGGACUUUACCAGGAAGUAUAUAUCAUUUUGAACGCUUUGUAUUCAAUUUUCACAGUAAAAUUUCAUUCUAUCGCUCAAUGGAGCUCAAGAGCAAAAGUAACAUGCAAAAUGAAAUGUUCUAUAUCUGAAAGUUCUUUUCGCUCAUUUGACGAUUUUUAUCGUACGCGCUCACCAACCGUGAAAUAACCUUUAAUUACCAGUUAGGAUAUACUGGACAUUACCAGGUAGGAUAUACUGGACUAUGCCAGGUAGGAUAUACCAGACUAUACCAGGUAGGAUAUACCAGACUAUACCAGGUAGGAUAUACCAGACUAUACCAGGUAGGAUAUACCAGACUAUACCAGGUAGGAUAUACCAGACUAUACCAGGUAGGAUAUACCAGACUAUACCAGGUAGGAUAUACCAGACUAUGCCAGGUAGGAUAUACCAGACUAUGCCAGGUAGGAUAUACCAGACUAUACCAGGUAGGAUAUACCAGACUAUACCAGGUAGGAUAUACCAGACUAUACCAGGUAGGAUAUACCAGACUAUGCCAGGUAGGAUAUACCAGACUAUGCCAGGUAGGAUAUACCAGACUAUGCCAGGUAGGAUAUACCAGACUAUGCCAGGUAGGAUAUACCAGACUAUACCAGGUAGGAUAUACCAGACUAUACCAGGUAGGAUAUACCAGACUAUACCAGGUAGGAUAUACCAGACUAUACCAGGUAGGAUAUACUGGACUAUGCCAGGUAGGAUAUACCAGACUAUACCAGGUAGGAUAUACCGGACUAUACCAGGUAGGAUAUACCAGACUAUACCAGGUAGGAUAUACCAGACUAUACCAGGUAGGAUAUACCAGACUAUACCAGGUAGGAUAUACCGGACUAUGCCAGGUAGGAUAUACCAGACUAUACCAGGUAGGAUAUACCAGACUAUACCAGGUAGGAUAUACCAGACUAUACCAGGUAGGAUAUACCAGACUAUACCAGGUAGGAUAUACCAGACUAUACCAGGUAGGAUAUACCGGACUAUGCCAGGUAGGAUAUACCGGACUAUGCCAGGUAGGAUAUACCGGACUAUGCCAGGUAGGAUAUACUGGACUAUGCCAGGUAGGAUAUACUGGACUAUGCCAGGUAGGAUAUACUGGACUAUGCCAGGUAGGAUAUACCAGACUAUGCCAGGUAGGAUAUACCAGACUAUACCAGGUAGGAUAUACCAGACUAUACCAGGUAGGAUAUACCAGACUAUACCAGGUAGGAUAUACCAGACUAUACCAGUUAGGAUAUACCAGACUAUACCAGGUAGGAUAUACCAGACUAUACCAGGUAGGAUAUACUGGACUAUGCCAGGUAGGAUACACCAGACUAUCCCAGGUAGGAUAAACCGGACUAUACCAGGUAGGAUAUACCAGACUAUACCAGGUAGGAUAUACCAGACUAUACCAGGUAGGAUAUACUGGACUAUGCCAGGUAGGAUAUACCAGACUAUGCCAGGUAGGAUAUACCAGACUAUACCAGGUAGGAUAUACCAGACUAUACCAGGUAGGAUAUACCAGACUAUACCAGGUAGGAUAUACUGGACUAUGCCAGGUAGGAUAUACUGGACUAUGCCAGGUAGGAUAUACCAGACUAUACCAGGUAGGAUAUACCAGACCAUACCAGGUAGGAUAUACCAGACUAUACCAGGUAGGAUAUACUGGACUAUACCAGGUAGGAUAUACUGGACUAUACCAGGUAGGAUAUACUGGACUAUGCCAGGUAGGAUAUACUGGACUAUACCAGGUAGGAUAUACCAGACUAUACCAGGUAGGAUAUACUGGACUAUCCAGGUAGGAUAUACCAGACUAUACCAGGUAGGAUAUACCAGACUAUACCAGGUAGGAUAUACUGGACUAUACCAGGUAGGAUAUACUGGACUAUGCCAGGUAGGAUAUACCAGACUAUGCCAGGUAGGAUAUACCAGACUAUACCAGGUAGGAUAUACUGGAUUAUAUUAACUACUUAUUAACCGAGCGCGAGGGCUAUACGGAAAAAUAUCGAUAUACCGAGGUCUUUAAUGUCGUGCUGAAAAGACCGAGGUGUGAUAUUUCUCCGUACAGCCCGAGCAAGCAAGGUUAAUAAAAGUUUUGUUAUAUGUUUUUUAAAAAAUUAAAAUGACGAGAAAACAAAUCAACUUCCGCUUUCGCGGGAAUAUCGAUUAGUUUAUCAAUCGAUUUCAAAAAGGCGGGAAAACAAAAAACACUCGCGCACG